ACUAAAAUGUUAGCUGCUGGGCUGAAAGGGUUUACUGAGUACGAGGAAGAGUACACUGUAUUGGAAGCACUAGGAAAAGGAAAGUUUGGAGUUGUGUACAAGGUUGAAGAUAGAAGUAGAGGAAUAUAUGCUGCUGCUAAACAUAUAAAAACAAGAACACAACAUGAUAGAAACAGGGUGAUGGAGGAAAUAGAAAUACUGGAGAGCUUAAAGAAUCCAUUUAUUAUACAGUUUUACCAAGGAUUUGAAUCCAGAAAGGAGAUGAUUGUUGUCACAGAGUACCUUGAUGGAGGAGAACUAUUCGACAGAGUUGCUUCUCAAGAAUAUAUUCUUACUGAAGAUCAGUGUAGUUCAUUUAUCAGAAGAAUUUGCAAAGGACUGGAAUACCUUCAUCAAGCUCUUAUUGUUCAUUUAGACCUUAAGCCCGAGAAUAUAGUUUGCAUCAACAGAAGUUCAACGGAUAUAAAGAUUAUUGAUUUUGGUUUAGCUAAAAAACUUCUGCCCACUCAGGAGAUAAAAGUGAUGUGUGGUACCCCGGAAUUUUUAGCUCCUGAAGUGCUUAAUUUCGACCCCAUUUCAUUCACAACAGAUAUGUGGGCUGUUGGUGUUAUAACAUACAUUCUGGUUUCUGGAUUAUCUCCUUUCCUAGGAGAUUCAGAUCAUCAAACAUUUGCAAACAUUAUCCGAAAUAAUUACACUUUUGAGGACACAGAGUUCGAGGGUAUUUCUGAAAACGCUAAGGUUGGAUAUUUUAAAUUUAAGGAACGUUUACGAAAAUGAAGAGAGGGAUGAGAA